AUGGUGCCUCUGGAGCUGAUGUACUUGUUCCUGGAAGGUGCAGAUCCUGUCGAUGGUGUUGGUGUGGAGGAGCAGUGGGAGCUGCCCCCCCUGGCCCGGCCCAGGGCGGUUGCACAUAGAGAAUCCGUGAGGGCUCCGACGCUCCACGCUAAGGAGCUAAGGAGCGACACAGACACAGCACAGCAGGCUGGCUGGCUCCCCCUUCUCACUCCUGCUGUACACCUUACAAAUAAAUAA